AUGUUAGUGACUUGUCGCUUCUUGCCCAAGACUGAAGUUGACCCUGGAGAGAAGUGUACGUGAGAAGUGUGCAUGACGGGAAAGAGUUCGAUUGUGAGAAUGUCUGCAUGCAGAGAAAUGACAUUACAACGUAAGACGUCGAAAUUUUGAAAUAUGUUGUUAGUUUUGCUUGUGUAAAAAUUAUUUGAGAUUGGCGGAGUAAUUAGCAGGCUUACAUGAAAUAGGGGUACACUAGAUGUCACGUGCUGUAAUCGUCUGGUAACUUGUGAAUUCCACGACUGCAUCUGUGAAGACUUCUGUCUUAAUAAGUGGGGUAUCACUGCUUUGCACUUCUGGGAACCUUUGCUUUUCCUGCUUAACGCUGAAAAUGUUAUACAAGUGGAGCUGGAAUGGGUCAGCAAAUGGCCCAGCUCCGUGACAUCACCCCAUUGGAGUUGAAAAGGAGUGACCCAGCAGUGGGGAAGAAGAUGGAGGGUCCUGAGGUGACAUUCAUCUUCCAGUUUGGACUGGUGCGGGACACAGUAACGGCAGCAGCCAGCACGUUGGGCCUCAAGACCCUCAAAGAUCUUGCGUGUGACUUCAUUAACAGGAAGUUCCCCGACCAUGGUCUGACAAGGCUAAAUGAACGUCUGUUGCUGUUUCGCCAUGAUUAUGGAUCUGCCAACAUUCUGCAACAUAUCAACUCAGCAGCCGAAAUCAUGGAUGAAACUCUUGUGGAGAUAGUUCUUUCUGCUCAAGUGCCAACAGAAGAGGUCCCUUUCCGUCCACAUGCCCUGGCUGUUCACUCUUACAAAGCUCCAACAUUUUGUGACUUCUGUGGAGAGAUGCUGUUUGGUUUGGUUAGACAGGGCCUGAAAUGUGAAGGCUGUAGCCUCAACUUUCAUAAACGGUGUGUUGUCAAAAUCCCGAACAAUUGCACGUCUGUGACUGGAAGGGGGCGCCGCUCAUCUGCUCUUGUCCCACGCAGCCCAUCAGACACAGGGUCCACAAUCUCUCUUCUGUCAGCCACUGAAGAAAGCACACAACUCCUUUCUAGUAAUGUCGUACCGAGACAAAGCCGUUCUCCUUCAUUGGGUGGGCGCACAGCAGACAAAGAAGCAACGGGACGUAUACGGAUCCCCCACACAUUUGUUCUCCAUAGCUACAUGCGCCCCACUGUCUGUCACUUCUGCCGGAAACUUCUUAAGGGAAUCAUCAAGCAAGGGAUGCAGUGCAAGGAUUGUCAUUGCAAUGCCCAUAAGAAAUGUGUGGAUAAGAUACCAAAAGACUGUAUUGCAGGAGAUUAUCCGGAUAGUGGAGUUGGCAGUGAACCAGACCGUGAAUGUCGUGAUGUGUGUGAGGAUGAGAGUGACACAGAAAAUGGAGGCUCUCCACAUGGUGCACGCAAAACAUCAUCUUCAGAGCCUCCGCUCAUGAAUGGAGAGUGCGUCGAUAUGAUUCCAGGCCAUGAUGAAGGUGAUCCCAGCAAACAGUUGACCAGCUCUUCCCCAAGCAACAAUAUUCCACUUAUGCGCAUUGUGCAGUCAGUGAAACACACCAAACGGCGAGGGUCAAAGGUUAUUAAGGAAGGCUGGAUGGUGCAUUUCACCAAUAAGGAUCGCAUGCGCAAGCGUCACUAUUGGCGCCUGGACACGAAGUCAGUGACACUAUUCCAGAGUGAUACAGGGUCAAAGUACUACAAGGAGAUCCCACUUGCAGAGAUCUUGUCUGUGGACACUGCUCGCAGUUUGCAAGGAGAUGUGAUGCAUUGUUUUGAGCUUCGAACAACCAAUGUGGACUAUUAUGUGGGAGAAGACCCCCUGUAUGGUCAGAAGGAUGCUACAGGAGUUACUCUUCCACCAGCUGACAGUGGAGUUGGGGCUCACCUUGCCAAGAGCUGGGAGACCAGCAUCCGUCAAGCUCUCAUGCCUGUUACAUCACAUCCAAAAGGAGACAUAUCAGAUGAGCCAGAAGAGAGGAUUACAGAUAUGAGUCAGUUGUACCAGAUCUUUGCAGAUGAGGUUCUUGGCUCAGGACAAUUUGGGAUCGUGUAUGGAGGGGUGCAUCGCAAAUCGGGUCGUGCUGUGGCAAUCAAAGUGAUUGACAAAUUGAGGUUUCCCACCAAGCAGGAGGCACAAUUGAAGAAUGAGGUGUCAAUCUUGCAGAAUCUGUCACAUUGUGGGGUUGUAAACCUAGAGCGCAUGUUUGAGACAUCGGAGCGAAUCUAUGUGGUGAUGGAGAAGCUGAAAGGAGACAUGCUGGAGAUGAUACUGUCCAGUCAAAAUGGCAAGCUAAGUGAGCGAAUCACAAAGUUCCUCAUCACACAGAUCCUUGUGGCCUUGAAACAUCUUCAUAGUGAGAAUAUUGUGCACUGUGACCUCAAGCCAGAGAAUGUGUUACUGAGUUCUGACUCUGAUUUUCCUCAAGUGAAGCUGUGUGACUUUGGCUUUGCUAGAAUUAUUGGUGAGAAGUCAUUUCGGCGCUCAGUGGUUGGCACUCCUGCCUAUCUUGCCCCAGAGGUUCUUCGUAAUAAGGGCUAUGAUCGCUCACUGGAUAUGUGGAGUGUUGGUGUUAUUGUAUAUGUUAGCCUUAGUGGGACAUUCCCUUUCAAUGAGGAUGAAGAUAUCAACGAACAGAUUCAGAAUGCCGGAUUUAUGUAUCCUGCAAACCCUUGGAAGGAAAUCUCUUCAGAUGCUAUUGAUCUGAUCAACAACCUGCUGCAGGUGAAACAGAGAAAGCGAUACACAGUUGCCAAGUCUCUUGCACAUGUUUGGUUACAGGACUACCAGACGUGGUGUGAUCUGAGGAAACUGGAGACUCAAGUUGGAAACCGCUAUCUGACACAUGAGUCUGAUGAUGCUCGCUGGGAGAACUUCUGUAGGGAACGCCUCUGACCGUCCAAAAACUGGCUUUCAUCUGCAAGGACCAGGUGUCGCAAACUAAUGAGGUUGCAGCCUCAACAGUGCUCAUGAGUGUAGCAUGUGACAUGAUAGGACAGGAACCAGGGGCACAUGUCUUAUGAGAAGUAGCAUUCUUCCACCUCAGCACUAUGCCUGAAUUGCAGUUGUAUAAUACUGGAUGUCGGGGAUCAAGAAAUUGUUGAAAAUCUGGCAGCCAGACAAAUAGUUUGGUUGCCAGAAAAGGUGGGUCAGUAUUCUCUGUUGCCUUGCUGUGGCUCUUGCCUCUAUAUGCCAUGCAAGAUUUGUUUCUUCCUUCAGUCAUACCCUGUCCCAAACACCCACAGACCAGGCAGGAGAUGAGACAGAAUCAGUUUUAGCUUACCACUUAUGUUGGUCUUAAUUUAUUUGGAUUUGAUUUACCAUUUCCUGUGUGCCACAAGUGGCCAAGUGAAAUUUCCAGAAAUGCAAAAGCCAAUUCCCAAAGGCCAAAUGGGAAAUUAAUUGCAGGAAAAAAUUUCUUGGUCACUGCUAGUGACUGGAUGACUGGCCUUUUUGACCCUUGCUAGAUGUUACAGCACCUGCAUUUCCACUCGUUACAUUCAGUCUCUGAAAUCAUGUACAGAAACUUGAUGGGUGUAGAUGCAGUGUUCCAGCAAUAGAUGUUAUAUAAGUGCCUUGAAGCUGCAUGAGCACUUGAGGUGGUAAAUUCUAAAGGUGUCUGGUGAUGGUGUAUAACACUUAGAAUUACUUGGUUUUUAGACUUUGUCCAUCAUAUGAUAGUCUAAAAAUUAGAGAGCACAACGUUUCAAAAACUGGAUCAGUUUCUGUCUUCUCCCCACUCACCUGAGGACUGAAACGGACCUGGUUUCCAAAACAGGAUACCAGAUGAUGGAGAAAGUCCAAAAACCCAGUACUUAUGCCUUCAGGUGGUGUAUAAUAUAAUCAGUAAAAAGAAUUUCUGAGUUAAUGUUAGACAUUUGAAGUGGGCCAGUCAGUAAAGUGACUGUUCACAGCCUGGAAGACUGAGUUCAGUCCCCAACAAGGUCAGGGAUUUCUCUGAAGAUUACUAUUAUGUGGAAUGUGAUGUGCAUAGUUUGAUAAAUCAUUACAGACACAUCAGCGGAACACGUUGCAUCCAUCUUCAGGGUAGAUGUAUAAGUGAAGUAUGGAAAAAUGUGGUACAUGUCUAUCCACUCAGCUCAGCUUACUGUUCUGUGUGAAGAUUUAAGCAGUGUGUCCUCCAAACAGUUAGUAACGAUCUGCCAGCAUACAAGGCAUCACAUACCAGAAUGUGGUAUUUGCUGUAGAAACAUCACAGAGAUUUCUUACUUUGCCACCACUUUCAGACUUGCCUUGCGCCCUGUCCAGUCAGCUUUCCUUGGAGCACUAUAUGCUUUUUUCCUAGCGGUAAAGUAUCAGACACUCGAAUCAAACCACUCACAUCCAUCUAGAGCCAGGAAUGAGUAGAACAUUAGCCUUACCUCGUUAGACUGCUUACCACAAAAUCUGCUGUCAAGAUACUGUCUUCUGGGAUGUGACACUGUGUAGUCUGAUAGGAACCCUGAAGAAAGAAGCAGCAGGUUCCUCUGAAGCAUUGGUAGGUAUCCACCGGGCUACACAGUGUCACAUCCGAAAAGGCAGUGAUGUUAAUAGUUGCUGCUCUUAUAAGCUCAGAUCUCAUGAGAAUCUUACCUUUAUGUUACCAGCCAAUAUGGUAUUGGUAUGGUAUGGUAGCCUAGUCCAAAUUAAUUGUACAAAAAUUCCAUGUUACUUUUAUUUUGUUUCAAAAUGAGCCUAUUUCUUGGCAGAAUAUGAAGGUUUCUAUUGACAGAUGUAAGUUGCUCAUAAACUGACUCCAAAAUGUUCAUUUGAUGGUUAGCGGAUGGCAAGAGUUCACAUAUGGGAGCAGAAACCAUAACCGUUAAGUGUGAAUGCUGCCUUGUUGUUAACCUAGGAGAAUGAAUUGUGAUUAGUGUUCUCUUUGACAUUGGUUUUGACAUGGUUAAAAAUAUUAUAAAUAUUGAUUGUUGGUUUGGUGAACUUUUGUAGGGAUGUUCAGCUUCAAGCUAGUUUUGCUAAGUUUAUUUUUUUCUCAGUAGAAUUGUAGGAUUUGAGGUUCUCGUAAUAGUGGUUAUGAUAGUACUGUCUUCCAGUAUAUAAUGCUGUGUAGGCCAUUGAAAGUCAACAGAUGUUUCAGUUGCCUCCAUCUUCAGAGCCUCUGCUUGGCACCUGCCUUCUUGCUGGUAUCUUGCUUGGCUUAUUGUUCAACCCUGAAGAUAGCAGCGAUAGGUUCCUCUGAAACAUCAGUUCACUUUCAGUGGAGUACAAAGCAUUAUAUCCCAGAAGAUAGUGCUUGUUUUUUAGUAGAAUUACUGAAUUCAUUACCCCUUUAAAUUUGUAGAUGUUUGUAUUAUUAGUGUUAUUGGUUUCCUCUUUAAUACCAGUUGGAUAAGUAAAAGGUUUAAAAUUAUUCCUGUAUUUAAUGAAGUACUAUGCCAUGAAGUCUUGGAGGAGUGGGAGUAUAGCU